AUGAAAUCUAAUGGAGUAGAAAAAAACAACAAUGUUUAGGCAUCUUAAAAGCUUAAAAGAAAAAAACGAAUGAAGUUGAGAUCAAAGAAAUAACAGGGUUCAAAUGAUAUAGGAAGGUACUAGAUAUUAAGUAUUGAAUAGAAAAAUGCCUGGUAAUAAUUCAACUUUAUCAUUUACAAAUAUUAUUAACACUAAAUCACUUCGCAAACACAAAAAAAAAUAUAGAUUGAAUUCUCAAAGUAAGGACAAUCAAUUUAUAGAGAAGAAAGAUUAAUAAAAUCUUAAAUUAACAUAAGAGUCAAAAAUUAAAUAAAAAUCUACAAAAAAUAAAUAGGCUACCUAAUAACGAAAUUAAAGAAAAAAUGAAAAGCUUUAAGAAAUAUUAGAUGAAUAAGUGAAAGCUUAAAUUAAUCAAAAGAUCAAAUUUCAUGAUGCAAAAUUUAAAGCCCUAACAGAAAUUGGAAUUCCAACAAUAAAUUUAAAUUAGGAUAAGAUUAAAUAAUUUAUCUAGUAAUAUGAAAAAGAAAUUAUAUAGAAUGAUGAGAGUGUAAUAUAGAAAUUAGUUGGAGCAAUUGGUGAGGGAUAUGUAGAAAGAGGAGAUGAGGUUAAUUUAAAUGUAGAAACAAAAGAAAUUAUGAUUUAAAAACAGGUUGAAUGCUAUCUAGAAAACUGUGGAAUUAAGCUUGAAUGGACAUUAGAGAGGUGGAAGAAGCUAAUAAGAAGAACUUUGUUUGUAAUUCCUUAUUGCCAUAUGCCUAAUGUGAAGAUGUAAAGUUAUUUAAGUGGGAAAGAAAGAUACUAAAUUAUGUUUGAAACUUUAAAUCUUUUUACUUUAAUGAAUAGAUGGAGCAAUACUCAAAUGUUACAUUAAUUUUGCUAGAAUUUCCCAUUGUAAACUAAAGAUGAUAUAGAAAUCAAGGAGUUAGUGAAUGAAAAUGAAUUAAUUAAUAUUAGAUAAAUAAGAGAAUACUUAAGUAUAAUAAUGAAUGCAUUGAAUAACAUUUAUUAAUUAAAAUCUCAAAAGGAAUUUUAAGUUGAUUUGUAUUAGACAAAUAAUCAAUUAUAAGAUUUAUCAGUAGAAUAUUAUUUGAGAAAGAUGAAAGUACUAUAACUCAAGCCAGUCACUUUACCAUAGGCCAUGAUUGAACAAAUAGAAUAACUUACAUUAAAAGUUCAAAAUCAAAAGGAUCUAAUUAUAGAUGAGCCAUAAAAAAAAUAAAUUGAUUAAGAACGAUAAAUAAAACCAUAAAAUUAAAUAUUAUAAAGGAAGAAGAUACAAAUAAAUGUAAUUAAAUCAAAGACUUUACUAGAAUAUUUUAAACCUAUCAAGAAUUAGAAUCUCAUAAAUGUUGAUAACAAUUCUUAAGGUUUGAUAUAAAAUAAGGAAAAGAAUGAAAUUAAUGAGAAAUAGUAAAUAUAAUCAUCUGAAAAUAAAUCUUAAUAUUCAUAUUUUGAGAUAUUGGAUGAUCUUUUUAACAUAAGAUUUGCUAAAUAAUUAUAAUAGGGAGGUUAAAAAAAAUGA